AUGACAUUAAGUUCAAUACUUUCCAAUUUCUCCAGAUUAAAUUGGAUUAUAUCGAUAUCGAUAUCUGUUGUAUUAAUUAUGAUUCUCUACGAUUUUCAUACCUAUUCUUACAAAGAAAUUAUCCGACUGAUGAGCGAUCCCGCGUAUUCCGAUUCGAUCAGUUUUCUCUCUCCACAAAGUAAUACACAGACACCAUCCACUACAAAAGGUCCUCUGGAAGUGAUGCUGGAUGUUUAUGAUCGAUCACCUACAUAUCAAAUAGCAACGAAAGAUGGCGAAAGACCGAGUGUGAAGGGUUAUCAAGCAGAAACAAAGUUACUUGAAGAUCUACAUUUACUGGAAGUUUGCUCACGAGACCCAUCGACUAUUGUCGUCGAUGUUGGCGCUUACUUAGGUGAAUUCGGUCUUUAUGCAGCAGCAUGUGGCUGUACUGUUUAUAUGUUUGAAAUCCAAUCAGACAUGAUUAAGUUGAUUCGUUCAUCGGUAUCACAGAAUUACUUUUCGGAUUCUCGAGUGUUUGUUCAUCAAAAAGCAGUUACUGAUCUUCCUAGCGAUUCAACAGUGACAUUUAAUCCUGAGGGAAGCGCAACAAGCAUUACCGAUGGUACCUCAUCAGUACAAACGAUUCGAUUAGAUGAUGUCAAUUGGACGUCACCUUCGAUUUACCUCCUCAAAGUAGAUGUCGAAGGACUGGAAUUGGAUGCUCUUCGCUCUGCAAAGAAACUCUUCGAGCAGAAGCGUAUUCGCCAUCUGAUCUUUAGAUAUACACCUUGGUGGACUGAUCGAGCGCCACAAAACACGUUGAUACCAUAUGUGAAAAAGGAACUAAAAGCAAAAUUUAUAUAUACACUGGACCAAACGGAGAGCAUCAUCUACGGCCCAUUAACUCCGAGAGACGCGUUCUCAUUAUAUGAUCGAUAUACGCAAGAUAGUGUGCAAACAUACAUAUAUGCGACGUUUGAUGCGAGAGCUGUAAGGUCUUCAAUUAAAUCACAGCGAUUCGUGCCAAAUAAACGGAAGAACUAA